GGAGGGGCGCGGGUGGGGGGAGCGGCGGGCAGGCCGGGCAUGGCGUCGAUGGCGGCGGCGAUCGCGGCCUCGCGCUCGGCGGUCAUGAGCGGGAACCGGCCUCUGGACGACCGGGAGCGGAAGCGCUUCACCUACUUCUCGUCGCUGAGCCCCAUGGCCAGGAAGAUCAUGCAGGACAAGGAGAAGAUCCGCGAGAAGUACGGGCCCGAGUGGGCGCGGCUGCCGCCCGCGCAGCAGGACGAGAUCAUCGACCGGUGCCUGGUGGGGCCGGGCGCCCCGGCACCCCGCGCCCCCGGGGACCCCGGGGACUCCGAGGAGCUGGCGCGCUUCCCCGGCCUGCGCGGGCCCACGGGCCAGAAGGUGGUGCGCUUCGGGGACGAGGACAUAACUUGGCAAGAUGAGCACUCUGCCCCUUUCUCCUGGGAAACGAGGAGUCAGAUGGAGUUCAGCGUGUGCUCCUUGUCUAUCCAAGAGCCGGGCAGCGGCCCGGCCGGCGAGCCGAGGCAGUCUAAAGCCUCCCAGGGCUCGCAGGCCCUCCGGCCCUCCCAGGGCGGCAAGUCCUCCAGCCUGGAUGCCCUGGGUCCCGCCCGGAAGGAAGAGGAAGCUUCCUUCUGGAAGAUCAAUGCCGAGCGCUCCCGGGGAGAGGGGCCUGAGGCCGAGUUCCAGUCGCUGACCCCCAGCCAGAUCAAGUCCAUGGAGAAGGGUGAAAAGGUCUUGCCUGCCUGUUACCGGCAGGACCCCGCCCUGAAGGACAGGGAGGCCAAGGCCGAAAGGCCCGGCAACCUCCGCCAGGAGCAGCGUGGCCUCCCCUGCGUCAGCAUCGAGCCCGAGAGACCCCAGCCCGUCCAGGCCCGCCCCAGCACCACCCCGUCCGAGCCCGAGGGGAAGCUUUCCUCUCCCGAGGCCAGGCGGGAGGACGUGGAGGACGGAGAAGACUCUCUGUUCUCGGAACCCAUGCCUACACAGGUCACCUCAAGUAAUGUCGUCUUGAAGACAGGAUUUGAUUUUCUGGACAACUGGUAAAAUGUAUCAGACAACCAAAUAAUAAGAAUAAAACCAAGAACCCCUAAAUGUUUUCCAAAGUGGUGUGGUGGAGGAGGAUAAAAAAAAAAGGGCAAUAUUUCCCUGUGUAUUUUCCUGGUUUCCGUACGCUCUUUUCUUAAUCAUUUGGAAACUGGUAAAUAUCGCCUUGUCCGGAUUUCCAGAUUUUUCUCUUUUUUGGUAAGGCCAGAUAUAUAUGCUAUUUUCAGUGAUUUGAUAAACAGAAGUUUUACAUUUGGAAUUUUUAAACGACCGUUAAGGCAUUGAGUAGGUCUCGUGAAUAAAGCCUCUGUUCCCAAUUCCACCCCGUUUUCCCCCCUCCCCGGAGAAAGAGUUUUCUCAUCGUGUCCCCAAAACCAUAAAAGCGAUUUCCGUCUCUUUCUCCUUUAGCCUCUCCCCUUUUGAAAUGAGCGGCGUGCGCUUUGCCGGGUGGCUGUCGGUGAUGCCCUCGGCUGUGGCGGCCUCAGUGUGCCGGGCUGGCCGUGACCGCGGGAAGAUUCCUCCCCACCCAGCAUUCCCGGAUGCCCAGGGCUCCCUGACGCCACGCCUCUUGCAUCGUGUGCCACGCUGUACCCUCACGUCAUGUCCGGGAACCCCACUGUUGGCACAUAACAGAGAUGGUCUUCAAGCCGCCCCGAUCCGUACUCGAGCUGUUCGUCGUCGUUUAAGAAGAGUUGCAUGUUUAAAAGUUUUGUAUUAACUUGUCAUUAUUUUGUAUGUAGAGUUAGAGGUUGUGAGGCUCCACUUCUUCUUGGGCGUGUACUGGUUUCCGUUUGGAGGUUCUUUGCUCCUCCUGUGGCCCCGGUGGGUGUUCCCGGGUCCGGGGCAUCUGCAGGAAUGAAGGGCAGGUGGCAGGUGUUGGAGGACAGAGCCCUUCUGAUCGGUUGCAGUAGAACCUUCCAGCGGGAGGCUGGCAGGGGCGGUGGACGUCCUUCAUCCCAAGGACUGCUUAGACUCUCCUGAUGGAUCUCUCUGCCAUCCCUGACCACCAGCAGAAGGAGUCAUCUCUGCAGCGCCCCAGCAGCGCCCCCUGGAGACCCCUUGCGGUCCUAUCCACGGUCCUAUCCACGGCAGCCAGACUGCUGCCCGCUGCAGUUCAGUUGGAGGUGGCCCCCAGGCUGCCUGGGCAAGGUGGCCCAUGCCCCAGGCGUGGUGGGUGGGGCAGGGCGAGGAGGAGAGUGGCCCUUACCCUGGGAAGCCUGCACCCUGCCCGUUGGCCCCGAGCUGCGCCCCCUGCUGGACAUGCCCGAGCGUGAUCUACACGUUGCCUCUCACUGUGUUCUCCUCACCUGAAGCCUUAACCCCUGUGAGUCCUGCGAGUGAGCGCCCGGUUUCAGUACCAAGGUGUGUCUUUUUAAAAAUGCGUCUCUGUCUCAUACGACAUCCUUAAGUGGUUUCCACAGCGUCCAGGGUAAAGCACGUGGCGUCUUAUUUUCCCCAGGAAGAUUCCUGCCAAAGCCGCAGCCUGGCCAACUUUUGGCUGGGUUUCUGCCAAUCGCAUUAUGUCCCUGAACCUCAUUUGGCCCCUUGGGGUUGUGGAUGUGACCUUCCUACGUGGGUGACUGGCUGCGUUAUGGCAAAUACAGAUUUCUUCUUGUACCAUUUGCAGAUAGUUGAAACGUCCAAGGGGAAAAAAAGGCUCAGAACGUGGCGGGGAUGGAAAAGGGAACUUAGAAAUCCCAGCCGGGGUGCCGCCAGCCCUUCGAGUCAGCCACUGAGCCUCAGAGCCAGGCUUCCCACCUGCCUCCACUUCCAGCCUGGAGGGCAGUGCACUGUUUUAGAGCCUGCGCUUGAAAACAGGGUUCCUUAAAAAGAGAGAGAGAGAGAGAGAAGUCCAGGUGUGAGUUUGUAUUCGUUGACGCUGAUGUGGCCAGGGAGGAACUGCACCUGGGGACAGUUAGCCCACAGUGAUGUGUCUGUUCUCUUGCCAGACAAUUCUGAGGCCUUUCCAACUUUCUCCUAAAGCCCGGUUAUUCCGUUCACGCCCGCCCCCCCGCCCCCCACCCCAAGUGUUUAGUUAUCUCUUACGACAGGGCGUAAUGUUUCAUGAUGGGGCAGCCUCCUGAGAUGAAAUGUAAAGUCACAACUUAGGAAAUCCUCAAGCCGUGUGGCUUUGCUCCGCUUCUGAGAAGGAGACGUGAAGGGGCCCGGAGGACACAGGCUGGCGAAUCCCCAUUCCGCCUGACCUGCGGAUCCUGGUCGUAACCCCAGGCGGUCUGUGUAAAGAUGGUCAGUAAGGAAAAAUUCAGCUCUUAGGUUGGCCACCUCCUCCCCACCCCCCCGUGUCAGGAUGAAGUUCCUAGAACCAGACGUUUAUAUGUAUUGUUUUAAAAAGACACACUUUUCAACUGAAGCCUGUAUUUGGUUUUGGGGUGUCCCCCGCUCCCCCUUCUGCGCACCUGGGAUUUAGCUCAAGGAUUUAGCGUCUUGCUUCGGGUGACUGUGUUUCAUAAACUCUCCCCCAGGAAGUCAGAAACCAGUUUCUGUUCUUCCCCUUGGGGGGGAGGGGAGGGUCCCCACCCCGCUCUCUGGGUUUGGGGGUGCUGUCCACUUGGGGACAGCUGGGGUCUGUCGCCCAGCCCUCGCCGCGCGCCGGACCCCACGUGGAUGUCAGAGCCCCCCCUCCCUUUCUUCGCGCCUCCCUUUCUUUGAUACACGUUUUCCAAAAAAAUGAAGAAUUCUUACGACUUGUAACUUGGUUGUAUUUUAUAUUAAUAGCCUUUAAUAAAGCCAUUUAAAAUAUG